CAAGCCCGGGACAUGUUUCUAUGGUCCUUCCUGCCUCUCUUCCAAGCGACCCGCUCAGAGCAGUGGCUACAGGUACUGGCCUCUCAGCUGUUUGGGGCACAGCUCCUGGGGGACUGCAUAGCCCACCCAUUGUAAUGGACGGAGGACUGUUUAAUGGGGUUCACGCUUAGUCUGAAGGACCACUGCCAUCCAACAGAUCCCAACUCACAGGAAUCGAGGCAGGGUGCUGUCGGAGGCUACAGCAUCUUUACGGAAACAGACAGCCUCGUCUUUCUCCUGUGGAGCAAACAGAAAUAAAGACCACUGCACAGCAAAACAACAACAACAACAUCAACAAAAAAAACAAAAAAAAACAAACAGCCGAGGGAGAUGGGAAACAAACACCGCGUGCGUGCAAUCAUACUACCUGCGUGCAAAACGGGCUUACAGGAAACCUUGGUCCGCAGUCACCGGCCAAAGAUACCACCAGGCAGAAAAGUGAAGGCCCCGGGCCCGGGUCCGAGGCUGUCUGGGAUGUGGAGGCAGGACCGAGAGCAGUCUCUGCUGGCGGCCUACGUGCCAGUGGUGGUGGCCCCCCAGGGCCAGCGCCCGGACAAGCUCAGGUUCAAUUUCUACAGCUCCCAGUACUCCAACUCCCUGAACCCCUUCUACACGGCACAGAAGCCGACCUGUGGCUACCUGUACCGCCGGGACACGGACCACACCCGCAAGCGCUUUGAUGUGCCUCCCACCAAUGCCGCCCUGUGGCGCAGCUGAGCCCGCACCCUGACCCUGCCCACCCUGCUGGGCCCCAGAGGAGCGGGGUUGCUCCCUCCAGGAAACG